AUGGCUGGGAGAAAUCGUUCUUCCAUUCGUCGGGGACGAAGUAGUAUUCCUACAUCUCAGGCAGAGUCUAGAGGGGCAUCUAUGUCAUCUUCAGCUAUUGUUGUACAGAGCGACACUACCCCCCCUACCCUUACUGCUCGUACCACUACUCCUGCUCCUAUCUUUAUACCAUCUACUGUUGAUCUUACUACAGCUUCUGUGCCUCCUCCUACAAGUACUACUCCAGCUACUAUUCCACCUACUACAACAACAUCUCCUUCAACUAUUUUUGCUCCUAUUGAGGAUGCAUCUACAGGUGAUGGUGGCUCGUCACGCCGGGUUCGUAUUUAUGUGUUGUCUGACAGGUUUGUGCCGCAUGGUCAUGCCAUUUCUAAAUUUAUUACUGAGAAAAUGAAGGAGAGACAAUACAAAGAAGGAUACACAUGGUCCAAAAUUGAUAAGCACACACAUGAUUUUUAUUGGAGAGAGUUUAAGAAAUAUUAUUAUUGGCCCAUAGAAGAAGAUAAUGCUAUCAAAGCUGUUUGGGAAAAAGUCUGUCGAGGCCAUUAUAGUCGGAAUUUAUGUAGGUGGCACAAGUCUUACAAGAAGACCGGUAAGAAGCCCGUUUGGGUUGAAGAUGAAAUUUGGAACAAAUGGUUGGAGCACUGGAACACAGAAGAGUUCAAGCAUAAGUCCAAGCAAGGCUCCAUUAAUCGGUGUUCUGAGACAGGAGGCAACGGGGGUGGAAUUAGUAGGCAUCUAGGAGGCUCUAAGUCAUUUGUUGAGCAUGCUAUAGACUUGAAGAAGACACUUCAAAGGACACCUACUGCAUUUGAUAUCUUCUGCAAGACUCAUGUGAAUAAAGAAGGCAAAGGUGUUGAUUCACGAGCACAAGCGGUUUAUGAUGCUAUGCAGAAGAUGGUUGAGGCUGCUUCUCAAACAUUAUCAGAUGACUCACAACCUUCACCGCUUGAUAUGGAUGCUAUGUACCUGGAGGCUUCUGGUGGAGAAAAGAAGAAGAGAGUUUAUGGUCUUGGUUCUCAUGCAUUAAGCUUGUAUCAAGAAUCAUUUAGUGGUGCUAUAUUAGCUUCCCCACCGCCUUCAGCAUCUACAGUUCCUCCAGAGAUUGUGUCUGAGAUGGAGGGCAUGAAAAAGAAAAUGACAGAUUUGGAAGAGCAAAACCUAAGUUUGAUGCAACAGAACUAG